AUGACGAACAUAAUCGAGGGUGUACGCCCCGGGGGAUAUUGUAAAGGAUACCCAGAGGAUGUGGAUAUCAUUCGACAGCGUGAAUAUCCCCUGCUUGAAGAUACGACCUACCUGGACCAUGCCGGAACUACUCCAUAUGCUAAAUCAUUGAUUGACUCGUUCUCGCGAGAUCUCACCUCGAACCUCUUUGGCAAUCCCCAUUCGAUGUCGUCAUCAUCUCAACUAUCUACUCAACGAGUUGAUGACAUUCGUCUACGAGCUCUGUGCUUUUUCAAUGCCGACCCAGACGAGUUUGAUCUUGUGUUCGUUGCAAACACAACCGCCGGGAUCAAACUAGUGGUGGAUGCGUUUCGCGAUGCAACGCCGGAGGGUUUCUGGUAUGGGUACCAUGUUGCCGCCCAUACCAGUCUAGUUGGAGCACGGGAGCUCGCAGACAUGGGAAACAGGUGUUUUAUGGCUGAUGAAGAGGUUGAAGCGUGGAUAUCAGAAUUGGGCACCGACCACAUAAAAUCUCCCAGAUUAUUUGCGUUUCCUGCUCAAUCAAACAUGAAUGGCUGUCGCUUUCCCAUUGACUGGUGCAGACGGAUUCGAAAUACGAAUAAAGGCGUUGGAGAUACUUAUACUCUCCUCGAUGCAGCAUCUCUUGUAUCGACCUCUCCACUCGACUUAAGCGAUUCUUCCGCGGCCCCUGACUUUACUGUCCUCAGUUUCUACAAAAUAUUUGGGUUCCCCGAUCUCGGUGCGUUGAUCGUCCGGAAAGGUGCAGGCCAUAUUUUUGAGAACCGAAGAUUCUUUGGUGGAGGGACUGUGGAUCUGGUGGUAACAGAGGGAACGACCUGGCAUGCGAAAAAGUCUACAAUCCACGAGCGAUUAGAAGACGGUACUCUUCCAUUUCACAAUAUUAUUGCACUCGAUGCCGCUUUAAACACCCAUACACGUCUCUUCGGUCCAAUGGAGAAUAUUUCUUUUCAUACGCGUUUUCUAGCCAAUCAAGUUUAUGAGCGCUUGACAGCGUUGACACAUUUCAAUGGAGAGAAGGUUUUGCAUUUCUACCUGUCUCCAGAUUCGGAUUACGCAAAUGCCGCUACACAAGGGCCAAUUCUUGCGUUCAAUCUACGCAGUAGUGAAGGUGCUUGGAUUGGCAAAUCCGAAGUGGAAAGGCUUGCUUGUGUAAAGAAAAUCCAGAUCAGGUCUGGAACACUGUGCAAUCCUGGAGGAACAGCAGAUAGCCUUGGAUGGACUGGAGAUGACAUGAUCCGUCAUUACUCACUUGGGCUGCGCUGUGGAGAUGAUAACGACCUAAUGGACGGGCGUCCUACUGGAAUUCUGAGGGUUAGUCUCGGUGCAAUGACGAACCUCAAAGAUAUCGACAAUCUAGUUAGAUUUAUGGAGGAGUUUUACGUCGAGCAAUCUCCUACAGUGCGUUCGUUAUUACCCCCUCUUAAUGACGCUAUAUUGGAGCAGCCUGGGUUCUAUAUCGAAAGCCUCUCGGUAUAUCCUAUCAAGAGUUGUGGGGCAUUCAAGGUCCCUGAUGGACGGCGGUGGGAAGUCAGGAGAGAGGGACUGGCGUGGGAUCGCGAGUGGUGUCUAAUCCACCAAGGGACAGGAACUGCCCUUAAUCAGAAGCGAUACCCGAGAAUGGCACUUAUCCAACCGGUCGUCGACCUUGAUCGCGGAAUCCUUCGCGUUACCUGUGGAAAAGGGUCGGAUAGCCGUUCUUUAGAGAUUCCGCUCAAUCGUACAGACAGCAGCCUGGUCGCUACCUCACUAUGUCAGAAUAGCGCUAAGUCUUCUACUGUGUGCGGUGACCAGGUGAUUGUCCAGGCAUAUACAUCGCCAACUGUGUCCUCGCUUUUCUCUGACUUCUUGGGCGUCCCGUGCUCACUCGCAAGAUUCCCUCCCCAGAACUCAACCAGAUACUCUCCCUCCUCUGGUGGGAACGGACGGUACAAGACAACAUCGAGUGCAACGAUGCCAGGGACCUUUCCGCAGGAUAUACCAGCUACUCCAGUUCAAGGACAGAACCGGAUUCUUUUAUCCAACGAAAGCCCUAUUCUACUCAUCUCCCGCUCAUCCGUCAACCGCCUCAAUGAAACAAUUAAGUCCAAGCCCAAGACCAAAAACGUCACUACCAAAACCAGCACCGCGAGUCCCAAUAAAACCGUCGCCGCCGAUGUCUUCCGUGCCAACAUCGUGGUCGCGGAGAGCCUCCCCCAGCUGGCGAACGCCGAACGACCCUACCUGGAAGAUCGGUGGGAGUCGUUCAUCGUCGGAUCUGACCACGUCCGUUUUGAUGUUCUAGGCUCCUGUCAGCGGUGUCAGAUGGUCUGUAUCGAUCAGUACUCCGGUAUACGACGGGACGAGCCCUUCUCGACCUUGGCUAAGACUCGAAAAUUCGAUAAUAAGAUUUAUUUUGGGCGACAUGCGUCGCUUUCCUUGAUGGAAUAUGGUCUUGAUACCCCUGCGUCUAGGACGAUCAUGGUCGGUGACAUUGUUUAUCCUUCAUAUGGAUGUGAAUGA